UCACAUUGCUCCCGACAGUCUCGCGCAGGAGAGGUGCGACAUAUUGAGGCUCCCUGGGGUUCGGCCCUUAGGUGAACGCACCCGGAGACCAAACAACCAGAAUGGCGUCAUCACGCAGCUUUGCGCGGAAAGCAGCGGCGACGUUCGUCACCGUGGCGUGUAUCCUCGUCGGCUCCUUGUCGUCGGCUUCGGGGCAAGAUACAGAUCGAUGCGCACCAAGCUCCGUGAAGAAGUGCUACCUGAGCUAUAAGGAAGCGCUGUGGUGGGAUGAAUUCAGGCCUAACCAAGAGGGCGAGUAUGACGAAGAGAAUUACAAGAUUGGUUGCAGCCGCAUCAAUGAAAAACUCCUCUGCCACAAAGACCUUGCUGAUUGCCCUGAAGCAAUGAACGCUGACUACAGGAUCCAGGAGAGAGGCUACGAGGCAAUGCGUAACAUUAUCUGUGAUAAGGCACUCAGAGAAUUUCACAAGGCCUUCCAGUGUAGGGACGAGGAGAAGCUGGAAGCCUGCGCGAGAACGAUGCGGCCGGCGUCCGAUCCACUGGAGGCUGGCACGCCACCUCCCGAGGUAGCACACUGCAGCCUGCACCCCAUCGAGGUAGCCUGCUUCGAGCAGACAUUCAACUCCUCGUGUCCGCUGCCGAUGAAGACGGCCAGGGUUGCGAUGAUGAGAGUUGUGGACGCCCUAGCCCUACUCGGGGGCUGCAUUUCGUCUGCACAUGCAGUUGUGGCUUCUAGUGGAUCUCUUGCGCUCCUGGUUGCCUCCGUCAUUCUGAGUUGGCCGAGAACCUGACCAGAGAACUGGAAAACAGAAAUCGAGCCAACUCGAAUACGGCCCCCACCGCAGUCUCGUUUUAGAUGCCGCGGACAUUUUACCACCUCUCCAGGGAGCUUGAAGCCGUGUUUUCAUGACGGACACGCAGGGUAGCAUCGACAAUUUGGGACGUCGUUUCACUCCUUCGCUGCAUCCAUUUGGUUCAAGACACUACGGCCGGAAUGCCAUCGGAUAUCACCGAGUUUGUAAAUAAAAACGCACAUAGAACCAUUGC